AUGCGUGAGGAGCUGGCCUUCAACGCCACGCACUUUGACGAUCUGCCAGAAGCCGACCGAUUGUGGAUUGUGAUUGUAGGAGCAGCCUUUACCCUACUACUCGGGUUUGGAUGGGGCGCGAAUGGGUUGGCCAAUAUUUUUGCUACUAGUGUUGGGGCAGGAGUGAUCAAUGAUCGACAGGCUAAAUAUUGUGCUAUUGGGUUUCAGAUUGUAGCGUUUUUGUACAUUGGUAAGCUUUUUUUUAUUUUUUAUACAUUAUCUUACAAUACUCUAUAUUAAAGUACGUCUUGCACUACCCGACCUAGCUUGGCCUAAUCAGGCUUUACCCGGGUCUACCUAGCUCUACCCAGCCUUGUAUGUCCCUACACAACCCUAGCCGGUCUUACUUGGCCUUGGCUUAUAUCCUAGUCUACCCGACCCUGCCAGACCCUGCCCGGUCUUACCUGAUCCUACUCGGUCAUACCUCUACCUGGCCUUACACUACUCAAUGUGGCUUUAUGCGACUCUACCCGGCUCUAACCGGCUGUACCAUGCUAUAUGCGGCCCUAAUUGGCCCUACCCGGUUCUACCCUACUCUAUUCUAAAAAUUUCAGCCUUAACUUCCGCUCACAUAUCCUUUGACAAUCCAUUGAGUGUGAUUUACAAUGAAUCUGCGAAUGAUGUUAUUAUUGGGCAAGUAUCAUUCAUAAUAUCAUCUGCUGUAUGGGUUUGUUGUACUAGUGUCUUUGGUGUGCCAGUCUCUAGUCGACAUUGUAUCACUGGUAGUGCUAUUGGAUUCAUUUUAAUAGUCGGAGGCUUUGGAAGCUUAAAAUGGGAGAGGAUUCAGGUUUUAGGUGAGUUUAAAAGUGGCAAACGUAUUAUAUUUCUACCACAAAUGCUAUUUUCAGCCCUAUCCCUUCUGCUAACACCUCUAAUAACUGGUGUUCUGGCUUUCCUAGCUCUAUACCUUCUAGACAUUAUUUUACUUCGAAAGCAAUUUAAACACAAUUUACUGACUUACACGGUAGCCACAUUACAUAUGAUAUCGUCAACAUUGUUUACAUUUGGGUUAUUGUAUGGCAUAUCAUGUGACUUUGGCAUAGUUCCAUUACCACUACAGUAUUCUGGGUUGUGUAGCGUUAUUGUUGGACUCAUUGUAUUUUUGAUUAUUGUGUUCUUUAUUGAUCCUAUGCUGCAUGUUCAGGUUGAAUGUGAGUUUUAAUUUUGUAUUUUUAUUAUGUUUUAUAUUUUGAUUAUGAAAACAUAAUAAAAUGUCAUGUUGGUAAAGUAUGUUACAGUCAAAUAACUUUUCUUACAGACGAUGAACAAAAAGCCAAAGACAACGAAGUAAAUCGUGAUGACCAUUCGUUUAGAGUCAACCGUUUUAAAGUGAAGAAAAGUAAGUCAGCCUUGCCUUGCCUUGCGUUGCCUUGCCUUGCCCUGUCUUUGUCCUGCCUUUACGCUGCUUUUACUUUGUAUUUCCCCUGCCCCGUUUGGUUCUACCCCCCCCCCCUUUUUCCCCAUAUAUAUUAUGUUUUACCUGGCUAAUAAAUCUUCUUUCAUAAUAAUAACUUUUAAAACAAAACUUUAGUUAACAUGCUUCCAAAAAAGUUUAUGAUAUCAAUUGAUGGAAAAACGCCAAUAACAAACCAUAUUAGCCCAGAAGGAAUGGAUGUAAUAAAAGAAAAAGUUGGCCCCAAAAUCCAGAAACACAUUCGAUCAGAUGUGAAUAACAUAAAUAGCGUUACAAAAUAUGCCUUUAGUACUGUGCUUUUUUUUACUUGUGGCUUUAUGGCGUUUAUUCAGGCUGUGGAGAACAUACGGUAUGUCAAAAUACAUUUUCAAAUACGUCAUAUUUUAUGAGAUAUUACACAUAAAUAAAACAAAAAAUAAAAAAUAUUAAUUAGCCUAGUGUGUAACCAAGCAUUCCAAAAUUUAAAAUUUACAGCCACAGAAUUAACCGAGCUGUUUUACUUUACUAACCUUAGUUAGGCUAUAUUAUAGCGAAGAUACGGGAAAGAGACGAAUGGUUAAUCAAAGCACAACUUGCUUUUUGAUUCGGUUUUGCGUCGAAAGAAGAUGCAGUGACUGAAUUUCUUUAUUUCUCUGCGCUCUCUUCUUUUCGCGUGCUCUCGCUCUCUCUCUGUUUCUUCUAGCAUAGUAUAUAGCAAAUCAAUAUUUCUGCCAAAACUUAUUUAUGUACUUCAAAAAAAGCAAAAACAAAAAAAUUUUCAGUUUAUCAGCCCUGCCACUAAACAUCCUGAUCAAAGUGUAUCAACACGAAGUCAUAACAGAAACCACUAGUAUUCCACCUUUAUUAGCCUUAUAUGUGACACCAGUAAUAUGUUGUGGAAUCUACUUUAUGGGUGGACGUGUAAUGAAUACAGUCGCUUUUGAUCUGGGCUGUAAUAACGUUAUAACACAUUUAAUGGCUCAACUUGCUACAACUAUCGUCAUAAACAUGAGUCCAACUUUGAAUGUUUAUCAUUCUAAUUCUUAUUGUUUGGUAGGGUUUUCUUAAUUUUUAAAAACUACAGCAAAUAUACUGGGUCGAAUAUUUUUAAAUAUUUUAAUAGAGGUGCAGACGGAUAAUACAUGGUAGGGUACGAUAAGUAAGAAUAAAGUAGGGUAGAUUAAUAAAGGAUAAAGUAAAGUAGAGCGGUUAAGUCACGCCUGAGUAGAGUCAAGUAGGGUAGGAUAGACUAGGGUAUAGCAAGCUAAGAUAGGUCAGAAGGUUAGGGUAAGGUAGGCUAAAAAAUCUUUCAACUUAUUUAUAAUGGCAUAUCAUUUCAGGUAUUUGCCAUGAUUUGCCUUGGCUUUGUGCCACAAAACGGGAAAAUGAAUUGGAAAGCGUUGCGGAACAUUGUAAUAGUGUGGGUAGUAACCAUACCUUCACUUAUUGUUUUUGUGGCUCUAUUGACAUUUUUGUUAAUAUUACUUGUUUAAAACACAAUACAGUAUACGUGUAGUUAAUAAAAUACGAAAUUUUAAUUUUGUUGGUCACAUUGUGUAUUUUUAAAUUUUAUUUUUAUAGCUUUUUGGCUACAUUUUUUACUUUUUUCUAGAUGGCACCAGAUAUAACUUUGUUAGAGUUGCCUACGUAAAGAUAAUAAAUUAUAUUACAUUAUGUUAACUUAUAAUGGCAAAAGUUAAAGUUAAUUAGCCUUUUACAACGUUUAAUAUAAGUUGUAGUUGUACUUAUAAGACUUUUAAGGUUAACUUAAUUUUCCAAAGUUUAAACUUAAUUUUUGAAACAAAAAUUAUAAUUUUAAGCCUAAAUCGCUUAUUUAAAACAAAAAAAAUUAUUUUUUAAAUCUAAAAUUUUAGUUUUAAGCCGUAA